UUAUUAUCCCGAACGAACUCCAGAGCCUUUCUCUACGUGCUUUUCCGUGUCCCUUCCCCGGCCAGCAGAAAUUUACUUCGAGCCAGUUCCCUUCUGCAUUCCUCGUUUGUAUAAACCGUCCCCUGAAGCUCCACCCAGCCAAGCUAUCCAGUUGGGAUAGACGUUAUCACAAUCAGGUGUAACUAUAUUGAAGCAAAUAUGGCCCAGAAUUUGUUGGUCGUCUCGACCUCGGGAUUGGGCCAAGAAUCGGCCUUGAACCCAGAGAGCGACCUCAAAGCCCCCGGCAUCGUGACGGAAACGGCGGUCACGCCAACGCCACAGGUCGAAGCUGAAGCUGUUAAGGAGCUUACACACCAAACUGAACAGCUCGAGGCGAACUUGGCGACCGACGGCAGCUCCACAGCGGCACCGGUUAUCUCAUCAGACGAGGUUGCACCCAAAGAGGGUGCGAGCGAGAAUGAGACCAAACUCGACGCCAGCUCUACUAAGAAAGAUGGUGAUGGAAAGGCUGAGUUGUCAUCGAAUGAAGACGAAAAGUUGGGGGCACAUUCGAACGGAGAUGCAGAGGUUGAGUCAUUGAAAGACGAGGAGCAAGAGGCCAACAAGGACAAAACGCCAAAAAGAAAACCAAAAAUCCCUCAAGUAAGGAAAGUCAACUUUGAGGGGUUUAAGAACCGCUUCUCGGAAGAUGAGGAUGAAUACGCCCUUGACGUACUCGUCGCCGGCAACGACCUGAUGGAUGAGAUCCGUCGAGAGCAGCAAACACGACGGAACUACCAAAACCGACUAGACAGACGUCUGGAGCAAAAGAAAAACAAGUCACGUAACGUGUCAAGCAAGACAAGUCAGAGCCCCAUCCCAAAGGCCGCGACGCAGCCAAGAGAAGGCGGUUGGAUCCAGCGAGUGCGGAUUCAGUCACAGGCGAUUCUCCAUCACCUCUCUAAGGUGACUGGUGAGUCGUGGGAUACCGAAAAUCCUCGCACCUUUAAUCGGCCAUUUAGCGUCUUCAUCUACUUUCAAGACAAGAUGAAGGAGGCCUUGGCCGAUCUAGAAUCACGGUGGGCGGAAGAGGAGCAGCGCCGCCAGGCCGUGGGUGCUGAGAAAAAGCCGGAUGCCAAAGCCGACGACAGUAACGACAAGGCCAACCAUGACAAAGAAGCUAAUGAUCUCGAUGACGAAGAGUCUACAGACGCGGUGGGGGAAAGUGUCGAGGCCUUGAGGGACAUUCGAUGCUACGUCAGGUUCGUGGAGGAGGAGAUUAUGCCCUUCGCCAAGCAGUUUGAGGGCACGGGACGGAGCAAGGUCCGUUUUGACGAUCUUUGGUUCCUGUUCAAGGUCGGAGAUCUGGUUUGCGCCCCAGGCGCAAUGGUUUCAGCCGUACCUGGCUCAAAGAGCUCCGCCAUGUACCAACCUCUCUGGAGGGUCUAUACUCUCAACCGUCCCACGGACCCCUUUCAGUACCCCGCCCGGGAACCCGAUUCGAAGCCGCGGCCGCCGGAGCCGGACGACGCAGAUGAUGAAGACAAGGAUGGGGGUGUCAAAGGCCAGUUUAAAGUUUGGGCGUACUACAUCGACCACGACGGCACUUCUUACGGCGCCGUGAAGCACAGCUUCGUGAUCCCUCGGUAUCCAGGUGAACGCGAGAUAGCCGAACUCCCUUGCUAUCCGCUCCGAUACCUUGAUGAUUGGGAAACUCACUUCGAAGAGCUCAAGGCACUGGGUAAGAAAUUCGAGUCUUAUAUGACAAACACUCACCUAUCCUACAAUGGCUGGACUCUCAUUUCUACUCCGGAUGGCGAACCUAUGACAGUUAAUUCCGGCAGUUUUCAGCGAAAGCUACACUCAGAGUACAUCGACAGUCACGUAGUGGUUGAUUUUGCUGAGGCAUUCCACCAAGUUGGCGACUGGAAACCCACGUUUCAUCGGCCGACGGUCUACGUGGACGGAUGGAUAUGCCAAGACGACAAUUUCCCUGUCGUAACAUGGUUCGACGAACAGAGAUCGGACCAGGUCGACCAAAGGAUUGUGGAUACGGUCCAGGUCGUAGAUGGAGUCACCAUGUGGCAGCGCAAGGACGGCCUCGAGAAGGACGGUUUUCUUAAAGCGAGCAGCAAGCUGUCCCUGAAGAGCAGAGAACAUAGCCGCAUACCACUGGGAGAGGAAGACUACGCGCUCCUCUCACGACGCAUGUUUGCAUACGUGCUCAAGGACCGCAAGUUUGUCUGCGUCGACGUCCAAUAUUUGAAUGAGAUUCCACGCCAGGACAACGUUUUCAAAAAUCUCAAGAUCAAUAACGAGUAUAAGCAAAUGGUCAAGGGCCUGGUGAGAUCACAUCUCGUCAAGAAGGAGCUCGAAAAGAAGCACCCUGGCGCUUCCAAAGUCAACCAGAGCCAGGACAUUAUCUACGGCAAGGGACGUGGCCUCGUGAUCCUGCUCCAUGGUGUGCCCGGCGUCGGCAAGACUGCAACAGCCGAGGCUGUCGCUCUCGAGUAUCGGAAUCCACUUUUCGUCAUCACUUGCGGCGACCUGGGAUUGACUCCCAAGGACGUGGAGGAGUCCUUGACUGAGAUUUUCAGGUUGGCGCACCUGUGGCACUGCGUCCUUUUAUUUGAUGAAGCCGACGUUUUCUUGGCCCAGCGAUCGAGGUUUGACCUCACAAGAAACGCGUUGGUAUCAGUAUUCCUCCGCAUCCUGGAGUACUACAACGGCAUCCUCUUCCUUACGACCAACCGUGUAGGGACGCUUGACGAGGCCUUCAAGUCUCGCAUCCACAUGAGCCUCUACUACCCGCCCUUGAACAAGACUCAAGUCGAACUGAUCUUCAAGAUGAACCUGGAAAAGCUGAUUGAUAUCGAAAAGGAGCGCCAGGAGCUUACGGGCGAGCCGGAGCUCGACAUCCGCGUGUCAUCCAUCACCGACUUCGCGACGAAUCACGGCACCAAGACCGAGGGCCGCUGGAACGGUCGCCAGAUCCGCAACGCUUUCCAGAUCGCAUCUUCAUUGGCUCGAUAUCAUGCGCUAGAGGAGUACGAGAGCGAGCUGGCCAAGGGCAAAGAUCCUGGGCCGAGACGGCCGGUGCUGGAUGAUACUCAGUUCAAGAAAGUCGAGCGUGCGACUGAGGCAUUCAAGGACUACCUCGAGAAGACAAAGGGAUACAAUGAUGCUGACCUUGCACACAUCCUCGGCGAACGGGACGAUUUCUACCGUCAAGGCAAGCUCUUUGGCGGCAUGGCCGGAGCGGGUGGUGCAGCUGGAGCUGCCGCAGUGGGAUAUCCCGGCCCUGGCGGUCAAGGUCCCGGGAAUCCUUAUCCAGGCGGUCAGUACGGCCAAGGUAUGCCUCCGGAGCACGCCGGCGGCGGGGGCGCCCCGAAUGUGGAGUUUCCCGCUAUGAAACCGGGUCCGGUGACAUACGGCUACAAUGAAAACUCUCAUCCGCUAGCAGCCUCGCACGGCGGCGGGCCGAGCAUCUACCAGCCACCACCUGCCGGGCUCAACCCCCAAUAUUUCCACACACCGCCGACUGGUGGGAGUCAGGGUCGCUCAGGCUUGGAUCCAUUCAUAGGUGAUGGACGUCGGGAGGAUUACGGGCACAAUGUGAACUACAGCAGCGGUGGCCAUCCGUCUGCGUAUAACUAUAGGGCCCAUCAGGCGCCUUCACAGUCACAGCCACAUGUGGCUCCGGAUGAAAGCGGCUAUGACUAAAUUCCUUAUAGAAGGACUUCGGAACCACAUCAUACUGCGGUGCGUCUCGGGUCAUGGUUGAAAUUGCCUCGUUCCCAGGCUGUGAACCAUGGCAAGUUAGCAACUAGAUACGGGGUUGCCGAAGUGCAAAACACGUGGGAUUGGCUAAUUGGUUAUAUGUUUCCAUUUAUGCUUGAGUAGGUCAGCCUGUGUAUAACUGGCCUUGACAAGAAAUAUGUUGCGGAGGAUUUAAGAGAAAUGCCGUUCUCUUAUAGGAACUCUCUGGUGUGAGAAAUAUUCAGCGAGUCCACAUUGCAACGAGGUUAAGAUAUCCACAUAAUUGAAGUUAUCUCCUGAGGUACAAGGCCUAUUAAGGGCUCGUUAGACAUUGCAAUAACUAG